AUGGUGGAAGAACUGGUUAAUAGGGUGGUGGUGGAAACUGAAGUGGGGUUAGUGGACGAGGUGGUGGUGGAUUGUAUGACCGCUGUGGCUAUGGGUGCUGACGAUGAUGGAUUGGAUGCUGUGGCCGCUGGUAUCGCUGAGGUCGCUGUGGACGUGGUGGGUACUGGUGCUGAUACUGAGGCUGAGGCUGAUAAACUGACUGAUAAGGGGUUACUGGAACUGGUAGAACCUGGAUUGGAAAUGGAGGAGGUGGGAUUAUUUGAGGAGUUACCAGACAGGGAUGAUAUACUGGUACUUGAUAAUCCUGAGGUGGGUGUAGGUGAUUGUGAUGAUGGCACAUUGGGCAAGUGGAAAUGGGAAAAGUAA